AUGUGCACAGAUAUCGCUCAUUCAGACUAUCUUGAGAUCGACAACAUUGCCUUUGAAUGGGCACGUAGCUACGACACCAAAGACUGGGAGCGUCUACGGAAAUGCCUUUCCCCUUCCACACACCUCGAUUUCCGUAGCCUCCAAGGUGACCUCCACAAGAACUUGUCUCCAGAUGCCUAUGUGGAAAUCCUUGCAUCGGCUAAAUAUCUGGGGAGCAAGCGAUUGAAAACUCAACAUUUUCUUGGCUCGGCAAAAUGGGAGAGACUAGACGAUGGUUCCGUACGAGUCACGCAUCAAAUUCGAGUAGCCCAUCAACGUUACACUGAUGACGAACUUUCAGCUGUGGCGAACAAAGGGCAUGCUCAUGGAGUCACAACUCAUUGGUUCAGGAAAUUUGAAGGAGCUUGGAAAAUAGAAGGAGUUGCUCCCCAGCUUGAUUUUGCCGAGUAUGACCUUUUCGGGACCUUGAAUCCGACAGACGAAGAAUCUUAG